AUGGAAACCAGAGGGAAAAAAAUAUUACGGAAGCUGCAAGCGGCGGAUAAUAGGGAAGUAAGCAGUCGUUUGUUAAAUUUGCCGCCCUAUGAAACAACAAAAGGUCUGGGAGAAGAAUAUAGAGAACUGGCAAUUAAAAAUUUCCAAGAUGCAUCUAUUUCUUCAUCAACUGAUAAACCCAUGGGAACUAUUAGUCCAGAAAUUCCACUCACACCAGCAAUAAACAUUGAUUCUGAACAAGUCGCAAAUUUACAAAAUGCCAGAGUUUAUUUUGAAGGCAAAGAAGAUUUAUUAUCGGAAGCCGAACCCUUUGGUUCUGGCGGCUCAUCUGAAUCUGAAUACUUACCUAGUGGUGUAUCCCGCGACAGUUCGAUAGUACCGGACACUCCUGACAAUAGGAUAUUGAGUGAUACUGAAUAUGAUCAAGUUUCACUAAGUCUAUCCGUUGACCAUUCUGUAAACUUGACUCCAAUGGAAACCGACGAGGAAACUGACAACCUUUCCUCCGGUGUAACUAGUUCCAUUAAUGAAACUAAGACAAAAGAACAGGUUGAAAUAAAAUGUGCCAAGAAAACAUCUGGUGGUAAGAGAAUCCGAGAUAAGGACCAUAGUUGUUAUUUUUGUCACAAGUUGCUUCGUAAUUUAGCAAGACAUUUUGAAAGGGCUCAUUCUACUGAAAUGGAAGUUGCCAGAAUAUUGACUAUGCCGAAAAAUUCCAAAAGACGACGAGAAGCCUUUAAUGCCCUGACGCGAAAUGGUGACUUUUAUCAUAUUUGUGACGUGCUCCUACUACAAAAAGGGGAACUCAUCUUAACUCGCCGACCAAGCGAAGAAGAAAGAAAGUUCCUGAAAUACUCUGAUUACGGCCCUUGUCCCGAAUGUCUGGGAUUUAUGAUUAAAAGGCAUCUAUGGCACCAUCUUAAAUACUCAUGCACCUGCAUGAGAGACAAGAAUAAUUUAACUUCUGAAAAAUCAUCGCGACUACCAGCUGCUGAGAGUACCUCUUUACUAAAUGGAAUAUAUGAUGAUCUUAUUUCACGAUUUGGAGCAUUUCUCUAUGAAAAAUAUAGUAGCACUCAAGCAGAACUAAUUAGGCAAUCUAUGCGACAACUUGGAAGGUUAACAAUAGAGCUGGCUAAAAAAAAUACCGAUGUGCACAGGCUAGUUGACGCUCUCACCCCUGAAAAGUUUGAUGCUGUUGUCUUAGCGACAAAGUCCCUCUGUGUUACAUCCAACGAAAUUGCGAAAAGGACUGAAUUUGGAAUUCCGUCUUUAGCGUUGAAAAUUGGGUAUUCUAUUAGAAAGUGCAUUGGGAUUGAAAGAGGUUUAUGUUUGCGAAAGGGCGACCUAAGAAGAAAUGACACAUUGUUGGGUUUCUUGUCAAUUUUGGAUCUAGAACGGAGCAUUAGAAUUUCAUCCAAUGCAUUAGCUACUUUGCAGUCUAGAAAACUCAAUUCUGUUGAUUUACUUCCAAUUACUGGAGAUUUAAUCAAAUUAAGCAAAUUUUUAGAAUUCAUGAUCCAAGAAACAAAGAAUGAUUUGGAAAGAGACCACAGUUUUCAAAAUUGGAGUAAAUUAGCAUCACUUACCUUAAGUCGCAUAAUUCUUUUCAAUAAAAGACGUUCAGGAGAAGCUGCAAGGAUGAAAAUUGAACAGUACACGAAAAGACCUUUAUGGCAAAGUCAAGGUGUAGCAGAAAUUAAAGAGUCUUUGACGGAGUUUGAAAUCAAGUUAGCAAAUGCUCUAACAGUAGUAGAAAUAAUAGGAAAGCGAGGAAAGAAAGUACCAAUCUUGCUCACUAAAGAAAUGAAGGAAUCUGUCGAUUUUCUACUGGCAACUCGCAUAGCAGUGGGAGUACCCGAAGGGAAUCCUUCCGUGUUUGCACGGCUAGGUGAUUUGAAUUCCUAUAUGAGAGGCCACGAUUGUAUUAAAAAAUGGUGUUCUGAAGCUAACUUGGAGUCGCCAGACACAAUAACAAGCACAAAAUUACGAAAGUACGUAGCUACAGUUUGCCAAGUCUUGAAUCUUAAAGAAAAUGAGUAUUUACCACCCAUAGAAGAUGACCCUCCUGAUCAAAAUGAUGACGAACCUAGCGAUGGAGAAGAUGGAGAAACUCCAGGGGACAGUGCUGAUAUUCCAGUUUGCAGUACUGCGAACGGAGAGGGUGAAUUAACAUCUGAACAUUGGAAAAAAGAAACAAAAAUCUAG